GGUGGCCGAGGGCCUCGGAAGGCAGCUGUGCCGUCAAUUUCCCGCGACUCGAACACUAACCUUUCCCCACUUUGUCGCCCGUCAAAAGCUCUUGCUCGUCGUCGGCAACGCUCAGCUCGGCUUGCUUUCUCUUUCUACUUCGAUAUAAGCUGUUCAAUACAUUGGCUCUGUGUCCUUAGUUCUCUUCCCUGCCAUUUUAUUUGCCUAUCUGCUUGGUGUCUGGACUACCUCUUUUCUCUCAACCUUCUCUUUUGUCAGCCCUUCUUUAAAGCCGAUCCUUAUAUUGGAUGGCGUCUACAAACCGAAGCAAGGCGCAGCGGAAAGGUGCUCCAGGCUCUGCUGGUCGUGCUCCCGCUUGGUCUGGCGCUCGCGCUUCUCCCACUUUUUCUCCAACCAGCAACUCUCCCCGUCCAAAUCAAGGAUCUUUCUCAUCUGUCGUUCAACCAACUACAAAUCGCCUCGAUAACCCUCAAGACCGUGUUCUACAGUCGUUAGCUGGUCUCACAGGGACGACUAUCACGCUUAUGACUAAGACGUCUCAACGCUAUGAAGGAGUCGUGUUUUCCACCAACGGCGAGGGCGACACCACUGGUGUGACUUUGAAGGAUGUUAAAGAGCUCACAAAUCCUGGCGCGCCUUUGAAGGACCAACUUUUUAUCGCAUCAACUAACAUCGAGAACUGGAGCUCUGGCCCUGCUGACGCCAAAUUUACGAACGGUGACACGUUCCGAACCGAUACAGAUAUCAGUCAAAAAAAGACGGGAGGAGGAGGAGAGAAGGAGCUCCAAGCCUGGCAAGCGCCUCCAGAUGCACCUGCUACAUCUGAAGGUACCCAAUUUGCACGCGGAGACGAUGUCACGUUCGGUCCAGGAUCCAACAGCAAUGCGUCUUGGGACCAGUUCACAACAAACGAGAAGCUCUUCGGUGUGAAGGCUACUUACGACGAAGAUGCAUAUACCACCAAACUAGAUCGUAGUGCGCCAGAGUACAAGGAACGUGCUAGAGAGGCUCAGAAAAUCGCCGAUGAAAUACUUGGGGUUGCUUCAAACAACCCACACGUCGCAGAGGAGAGGAACCAGGCUCAUGAUGACAGCGGUAUCAAUGAGGAAGACAAAUAUGGUGCUGUUGUUCGAGGCACCAAUGCUUAUGUACCUCCAGGUGCUAGGAAGCCGGGACUUCCGAAUGCGACGAAGACAGAAAUUCCAAAGGUUUCUGUGAACGGUCCUGACGGUGCUACCAUCUCUUCCACAUCACAGUCACCAGCUUCUUCUUCUAAAAAUCCUUCCCCUGCUCCCAAUGCCAAUGCCAAUAAGCCUCCCGCGGAUGCCCUGCCUGCUUUGAGGGAAUUCGUGGCCAACGAAAAGCAGCGUCUGACUGAGAAACGUCAAGCACUUGCUAAGAGCGAGAUGGAUAAGCGCAUGGCGGAUUUAGUCAAAUUCAGUCAGAGUUUCAAGCUGAACAAACCUAUUCCGGAUGAUCUUGUCCCAAUCCUGGCCAAGGACGAGGAUAAACAAAAGCAGAUUCGUGAGAAAUCGAACAAAGAUGCCAAUUCGUCGCAAGCACGUAACAUCGGGUCGUCCGUCUCGACGCAUUCAGUGCCAGCUCGUGGGCCACAUAUAACGACGGCGAAAGUUGUCGAAGCUGGUCGUAAAACUGCUGCGACAGCUACUAGUACUACCAAAGCUACGACGCAAGCGGCCGGAGUAGCUGCUUCUGCUACUAAUAAGGCUGAGGCAACUAAGCCUACCAAGCCCAUGAUGUUCAUUCAACCUAUUCCACCAUUCAAGGGUAGCAAGAGGCAGUCUCUACAACCCUCCCCCAAUGCAAACGGAGUUUCCAAUGGUGCAAACGCAGCUCAAGUGUCUGGAGCAACUAAGGCUCCUGUACCUAAUGCUCCUGCAAAUCGAUUAAAUGCUGGAUUGAAUGUCAAAGCAUCAACAUUCAACCCACGCGCCGUUGCUUUCACCCCCGGCGCUCCUUCUCCUGGACCUAGUACCUCGAAUCACAGUCUGUCAUCUUCUGUGUCUCCUAAGCCCAAAGAAUCUGCUCCUACUACACCGAAUCCCUUCUUUGGCACCCGUUUGAUCAAGAAAGGGCCUCCGGUCAAUGUGAAGGAUGACUUUAAUCCUUUUAAACAUAACAAGGUGGUAGAUGCCUCCACCAUCGCCGCAACUUGGCCUUAUAAUGGAAAACGUUACAUGCAACUGUUCCCUGCGCCACAACACCCUCCUCAAACUCCUCACAUGGUUGCACCCCCUCCUACGAUGCCUCCACCUCCUCCAUACGAAGAAGAUCCGAAUCAACGUGCGGCAGCCCCUGGCGGCUUCGUCUACUAUGCUCCGACCUAUUACCCUGGUCAACCUAUGAUGUCUGGCAUGGCGCCUCCCGGACCUCCCGGAACAUUUAUGCCUCCCUAUAUGCAGCCUAUGCACUAUCCUCCGAAUAUGCCACCAAAUGCGAUGUAUGCUCCCCCAGCAAUGGGUCAAAUGCCACCUUAUAUGCAGGCACCUCCACCCGGGACCUAUCCUCCCCCACCAAAUGGUGCCGGUCCUCGGCCUUCCAUGCCGCCUACUCCGAUUCCUGCUCAUGCCCACCCAUACUAUCAUCAGAGCCCUCAAUUACAACAUGCGGUUCCUUACCCUAUGAUGAUGCCGCCACCGGGCAGUGUUCCUCAUCCAUACGACGGUUCAACUGCGCCUCCAGUGCAAAUGGGUGGUCAUGCAUAAUCAGAGUUGUGCUGUGUGGUUGGGAAAACGACGGAGAAACGGGGCGCGGGAAUUUAUCUUCGCUGGAAUUCAUAAUUUCGUUGUCACUAGCAAUCCGUGUGUUGUCGUUGCUACUUUUCUCAAUCUGGAUCUGGAAUACUACCCACACAAGGCUUCAUAUCCCAAUGCGAAGCAUAAAACCCCAAACUCGAUAUUAUACGUACAACAACUGAC